UCCUUAUACUAGAUAGUAUUCGUUCAACCAUCUACGAAACGGGAGUUACCCUCCUCUUUUGCGUUGAAGCGGUCCUGUCCUGCUACGGGGACUGAUGUCACUAAUAGAAUGUGAUCGUUUCGCCGAUCUCCCACCGUCACGAGUCAGUGUACUUUUCGUUGCUUUUUAUAUCAUAGGACAGCUUGCGCGGCAGCGACAAAGACAAUUGUCCGUAGAGAGACUACCAAAGAACAGUACAUUUUCGCUCUUAGUCUGCAUUCUAGGACAGCUGUUCAAUGGUUUAUCAUUAAACAUUUUGUGAAUCAAACAACAUCGUUGCUGACAAUGUUAGCAUGUCUAGUAGCUAAAUGUUGUCUGUUGUAACGAACGUGUUGCUGUAACUAGAACAUCGAGAUUUGAUUUCCUAAAAUACCCAAUUUCAUCGAUUGAAGAUCAUCAGGACAAGGCUACAGCCGAGCAAGGAGGACAAGACCUCACCCUCAGCAUUGUGUUUGCAUUUGAUUUACAGAGACCUACAACAAUGUUAACCCAGAGAAAGAGAAAACGCACUGUGGAAGACUUCAACCAGUUUUGCACCUUUGUGUUGGCCUAUGCUGGAUACAUCCCCUAUCAAACAGAGGAGUGGUGGUGUAGUGAGAGCAAGCCCAGGGACAACAACCCCUGCAGCACCAGCCACAGUACCAGUCCAUGGGCCUACCAGACCUCUCCUACCUCAGACUGUGGCUCCUCUGCUCGGAGCCAGAAGGAGGAAGGGAAGGAGGUGAAGAGGAGGUCAGAUAAGAAGCCAGUUGGGCCUGGUCAGGGGGAGAAGAAGCCUAGAGGAGGAAGUGCCAAGAAGUCUCCCAAUACGAAACAGGCUGCCCCUAGAUCAACGGUCAACAGAACGCCAGAGAUCCAUGAGCAGCACCAGCCCCAGUCUGGAUGGACCAACCACAACAGCUGUCCUACUGACAACAAAACACAUCAUCUGACGGAUCCCAAACGUGACCAUGACUGUAAACUUCCCCAAUCUUCCCUGACUCAACUCUUCCCUGAAGCCACCCCCAGCAGCUCUCUGUCUGACCACAGGAACAAGACCAACAACGGUCAGACAGACACACCAGACCCCAACGGGUCGGCUGGGAAGACGAGCGAUGCUACAACCCCUCAGAAGAAAGGAAGUGAAGAACUGGAACAGGAAGUGACAGAGCAGCCAGUUGACAUGACAAUGACAAGCUGUGAGACGGAGAGGAGCAGUCCUCACAGGCCGGGAGACAGAGAAAAAAAGAGAAGAAAGGAAGAGAAGGGGUCGCAGGAGAGCUGGGAGGGGUCUGGGAGUGAAGGAGGCAUAGACAGGGGUCAGAGGUCAGAUAUCCUGAGGAUGGUGAUGGACAGGAGGUUGAGAGGUCAGCUAGCUGAAGACCAAGAGACAGGCUACCACACAGAGGAGGGCAGCAGCCCCGACCAGGACCGGGACCAUGGAGGGAGCGAUGGAGAGGACACGUCUGCAGACAACCGCAAGAUGGAGGAUGAGGAUGACUCGUGGGACCUGAUCACCUGUUUCUGCCUGAAGCCAUUCGCGGGUCGGCCCAUGAUAGAGUGUAGUGAGUGUGGCACCUGGGUGCACCUGUCCUGCGCUAAGAUCCGCCGCACCCAUGUUCCUGAAGUCUUCAUCUGCCAGCCCUGCCGAGAUACCAAGACCAACAUCAGACGCUCCAACCGGGCGCGGAUCGCCCCCCGCAAACGCUUCAGCGACUAAAGACUAGAUGGCACCAGCUGGUUCAUUGGCUGCGUCCCAAUUGGCAGUAGGUAGCCUAGUGGUUUAGAGCAUUGGGCCAGUAACCGAAAGGUCACUGGUUUGAAUCCCCAAGGUGUAAAAAUCUGCUGUUCUGCCCUUCAGCUAUGUAGCAACCCCAAACAACAACUGCUCCCCGGGCGCUGUUGAUGUCAAUUAAGGCAGCCCCCCGCACCACUCUGAUUCAGAGGGGUUGGGUUAAAUGCAGAAGACACAUUUCAGUUGAAUGCAUUCAGUUGUGCAACUGACUUAGGUAUCCUAUAUAGUGAACUACUUUUGACCAGAGCCCUAUGUAGGGAAUAGGGUGCCAUUUGGGACGAUGACCACUAUUGAGCAUCAAGUUCUAUGCUGGUCGAUUUUGUCGCUCUGCAAAAACCGCCACCAGGGUUGUGUUCAGUAAGACACAGAAAAAGUAAAUUAACUUCUGUUAUUGGACAAGUCCAGGUAGUCCUCCCUGUUUCGGUCCUUUUUCUUCCAUUUUGUGCCUAAUGAACACGACCCAGGACACUGCCAUCAGCAACCAAGCCAUGGUUGUGUUCCCCUGCUCAGAUGUUACAUUCAUCAGCCAAUGGUUGCGUGCCACAUCAACUGUGCCAUCGGCACCAGAUUGUUAUAACAUAUGAUGUGGCUAGCUGAUACUUAAUACCUAUCCAGGCAUUGUAAGAUCCUAUCACUCUCCCCAGAACAGUACAAUGUCCAUGCAUUCACAGACAAUCAUGUCUACUCAGGAAGGAAUGAGGGGCUACAGGAGAGUGAAAAAGAGGGAUUGGGGGGAUGGAGUGAGGGCAGGGGUGAAAGAGGAAUGUGUUUGGUAACGGUCUGCUGUUACUGUUGUGGUGAGAACAUAACAUCUUCUCACAUGCUAAUCUCAUUUACCCCCACCCCUCCAUUCUGCCACCCACUCAUUACUCCCUCCUUCCACCCAUCUCUUCAUUUGUGCAUCACUGAACCUAAGGGCUUGCCUUGGCUCAUCUAUACUAGUAUGUUCAAUUCACUACUUAGUACCAUACUAUGUAGGGAAUAGGGUGCCAUUUGAGACCCAUGGACAGGUUUCUGGGGACUACUUUCUCAAAAUAUGCAUUUUCAGUUAUUUCCACAGUUGUUGCCAUUUGAUGUAUAAGAUUGUCACGCCUUCAACUUUCUGACUCAGUUGUAUUAUUAUACACUGCCAGUGGAUGCCUGCCUCUCUUCCAAACAUGUUAUAUAUGUACACUGAGUGUGCAAAGCAUUAGGAACACCUUCCUAAUACUGAGUUGCACCCUCUCACCCUUUUGCCCUCAGAACAGUCGAGUCAUGACAUGGACUCUACAAGGUGUUGAAAGCGAUCCACAGGGAUGCUGGCCCAUGUUGACUCCAAUGCUUCCCACUGUUGUGUCAAGUUGGCUGAUGGCCUUUGGGUAGUGGGCCAUUCUUGAUACACACUGAAAACUGUUGAGCGUGAAAAACCCAGCAGCUUGCAGUUCUUGACACAAACCGGUGUGCCUGGCACCUACUACCAUACCCUGUUCAAAGGCACUUCAAUAUUUUCUUUCCCAUUUACCCUCUGAAUGGCACACAUACACAAUCCAUGUUUGAGAUGUCUCAAGGCUUAAAAAUCCUUCUUUAACCUGUCUCCUCCCCUUCAUCUACACUGAUUGAAGUGGAUUUGACAAGUGACAUCCAUAAGGAAUCAUAGCUUUCAUCUAGAUUCACCAGGUCAGUCUGUCAUGGAAAGAGCAGGUGUUCAUAAUGUUUUGUACACUCAGUGUAUAUCAGAUGGUAAACCUUUAGUAAGAUGUAAAUAGUUUGCUUUUUAGAGUUGUUUAUUAUAUCUUAUAUGUGACACAUGUAGUAAUAAAGGUAAAGAACUAACUCA